AUGACGGAAAUACACGCCAUCGUCCCAUAUCCAUCACCGGAACCCAGCGAGAUGGCAAUCUCGCCCAUCGUAAAGCCGGACUGUAACGAUGGGGGAAACCACUCAACCACAGUCGUGCUGCCCGACCUGUUCGUGUCCAUCAUGUCGCCAUCUCCUCGAUUGAACCCCCUGUAUGAAUUGGUCAGGCCUGCUGCGAACGAGUGGACACAAAAACUACUCAAUCUAGAUGCAAAAGCCUAUGCCAAACAUCAAAGAGUCAACUUCAGUAGGCUGGCUUCCAUGUGGAUGCCAGAAGCUGAUCAAGAGGGUCUCCGGGUCAUGGUAGACUGGCUGACCUGGGUGUUCUACUUUGAUGAUUAUGACGCUAAUGGCCUGCAAAAAGUGUUUGACGAUGGCGAGCUGCGUGAUAAUCCUGCUGCCGCUCAAGCCGAGGCGGAAGCAACGUUAAGCCUAAUGUCUGAUGCCGAUCAAGAGGUGUCGCCCGAGCUACAUCCACUACGAUACAUGUUCCAUAGCACCUGGGUGCGCUUUCGCAGCGAUACUUACCAUUCCUCAGCUCUCCAAAAUCGAUACAGGAAGUGUAUGGAGGAGUACAUAAACGGCAUCCUGCAGCAGGUCGACGUCAGCUCCUUUGAUGCCUCCCUCGAUGCCGACUUGUAUCUCCACUUCCGACGCAAGUCCGUCGGGUUGCGCCCUUGCCACGCUCUUCUCGAAUAUGCAUGCGGGAUACAAAUACCCGAUCAUGUGAUGGCACACCCAGCUAUCCAAGAGUGUAUGGCGGUGUCGAUUGAUCUCGUCCUGCUCCAAAACGACAUCUUGUCCUACAAGAAAGAACAAGCCUCAAACGUAAUUCACAACCUCAUCCACAUCUACAGAAACCAAGGCAUGACAGCCCAGGAAGCCUUUGACCAGGCCGGCAACCUGAUCGUGAGGGCCAUCAGGCGGUGGCACCUGGCCCAGCUCGACCUGCCAAUGUGGGGAGAGCAGAUAGACAAGGAGGUGCAGCGCUACCUGCAAGGAUGUCUGGACUCUUGCAUUGGGAGUCUGAACUGGAGCUUUACCACAGGACGAUAUUUUGGAGAUCAAGGCGACGAGAUACGCAAGACGCGGGUGCUUACACUCAAGAUGUGA